GAGCUCUGUCGACAACUACAUUGCAUUUUGAAUGACACAUACAAUUGUAUCACAAAAGUAACAAUUGAGUUGGAAUCACAUAUCGCUGGAAGGUAGAGAGCAGGAGUCUAGUCGCUCAAAGUGCAAAGGAGAUCCCACCAAUUAUUUCAAUCUGUACCUAAGUCUCUAGAUCAACAAAUCCAAUCUCUCUCUGCAUUGUGACAUUUGACCAAAGUAAACCGUCCGGUUUCCAUGAGCCAGCAAGCAAUUGAACACUGAAACAAAAUAGCCAAAUAACGAAAUAAGCACGAACAAUGGGCGGCCAAAAACAAGUCGUCUUCGACAUCGUCGGCACCCUCGUCUCAUUCGACGAAUACCACGCGCAAAUCGAUCGAGCCAUUGGCGAAAAACUGCGCGCCCACAAUAUCACCGCAAAAUUCUUCGGCUACAGCUGGAUGACCGCUGCCGAGCUCGAAUUCACAUUCCUAUCCAUUUCCGAGCGAUAUAAGCCCUACAAAGGUAUCCUGGAGUCAACAUUCUACCGCACAUUGUGGUUCGCAGGAGUCGAAGACCCACGAGCUCUAUGCACCGAUGAAGAACUCAACGCGUGUGUUCAAGGGUACUCUGAGCUACGAUUGAGACCAGGCGCCAAGGAGUGUUUUGAGAUAUUGCAGAAAGGUGGUUUUAAAGUGUGGUUAUUGACCACGGCCGAUUUGAAGCGCGUGCAGGGAUAUUUCUCAAAGGGAGGUGUUGAAAUGCCUGCAGAAAACUUCAUCUCGUGCGAUAGCUCUGGAGUUGCCAAGCCGGCGUUGGCAGCGUAUAGAACGGCCUUGGAUAAGUUUGCUGCGGAUGAUGAGACGUGGUUUGCAGCGGCCCAUAUGUGGGAUGUUUCGGCUGCAAAGAAGGUUGGAUUCAAGGGUGCUUAUUGCACAGAGUAUGAGAAAGAACCGUGUUUGGAUAUCUUUGAUACAGAUAUGGAGGUUAUGGCUGAUACCUUGCCGGAGAUGGCUGAGAAGAUUGUGAAAGCUGCUUCUUCAUAGGGUACCGCCAUAUCAUCAAUAUAAUAAUUUUUAGUGAUAACAUUGACAUGAGCUUCCAAGUAAUGAAAGAAGUUCAGUAGCAAGAUCAACAUCCAAGCAGCAACUCAAGACUAUCAAAAACAAUUUCCUUGUGAUUCAGCCAUCGUCCCCCAGUCACAGGUAAUCAUGAGAGUAAACGGCAGCA